GCUUCUUCCCUCCACAUCUAUCCCAACAUAAAAUUCCCUCGUUUUCUGCUCUCUCUCACUUUUUCCUUCUUCUUCCUCCUCCUCCUCCUCCUCCUCCUCUCUCUCUCUAUCACUAAAACCCUCGCUUCCCUUCCCUAACCGUCCCUCUUCUCCCCGCCGAGAUCUUCCCAUCGAACUCCGCUUCACCACGAUCCAUGUCCGGCGGCGCACGAUCUUCUCCGGGACCUUCUCAGCCGCCGCCGCCGCGACAUCCGCCGUCAUCUCCUUCUCCGUCGUCGUCUCUUCCCGUCGUGCCACCAAUACGUCGAAACUUAGCGUUCGCCUCAACGAAACCGCCGUUCAAUCCCUCGGAUUACCACCGAUUCGCCCCUUCGCACCUCACUAACGACGAUAGAAGCCUCGUUAACCUCUGCAGAAUCGGAGAUCGGGAAGAUGACGACGUCUUGGUUCAUAGAUCUCCCUCACGGAAGAGAAAGACCACAACCACAUCCGUUACUGCUCCAUCUAGUAGUAAUGGACUCACGAGCUCUGGUUUCAGUACCAUAUCCAACAGUCCAUGUAAGACUCCUGUUUCAGCUAAAGGAGUCAGAGUCAACACCAAGUCAAAGGCCAAAGGAAGUCAGUCAAUUCCCCAAACACCCAUCUCAAAUGCUGUUGUAGGUUCUCCAGCCACACUAACUCCUUCUGGAAGUUGUCGCUAUGACAGUUCUUUAGGUCUCCUUACAAGGAAGUUCGUCAAUCUAAUCAAACAAGCGAAAGAUGGAAUGCUGGACCUAAACAAAGCUGCAGAAACAUUGGAGGUUCAGAAACGACGUAUAUAUGAUAUUACAAACGUUUUGGAGGGGAUUGAUCUCAUUGAAAAGCCUUUCAAGAAUCAAAUACUUUGGAAGGGACUUGAUACUUCAGGGCCUGGCGACGUGGAUGCUGACGUAUCUGUCUUACAGACAGAAAUAGAAAACCUUUCCCUCGAGGAGCAAGCGCUAGAUAACCAAAUCAGAGAAACGGAGGAAAGACUAAGAGAACUGAGCGAAAAUGAAAAGAACCAGAAAUGGCUUUUUGUAACUGAAGAGGACAUCAAGAGUUUGCCGGGUUUCCAGAAUCAGACUCUGAUAGCCGUCAAAGCUCCUCAUGGCACAACUUUGGAAGUCCCUGAUCCAGAUGAGGCGGUUGACAUCCCUCAAAGGCGAUACAGGAUCAUUCUUAGAAGUACAAUGGGACCUAUUGACGUAUACCUUGUCAGUGAAUUUGAGAAGAAGUUUGAAGACACAAAUGGAACAGCUACACCACCAGCAGCAUGCUUACCUAUUGCUUCUUGCUCGGGAUCUUCAGAAAACCAUGAGAUAGAAGCCUUAACUGUUGAUAAUAAAGGAACUGCCAUUGAGCAUCAGGCGUCUCAAGAUCAUGCACAUGCUCAACCCGAUACCUCUGAUCUUAAUUAUUUGCAGGAGCAAGUAGGAGGAAUGCUCAAGAUUACUCCCUCUGACGUCGAAAAUGAUGAUACGGAUUACUGGCUUCUCUCCAAUGCAGAUAUUAGCAUGACGGAUAUUUGGAAAACAGACUCUGGUAUCGAUUGGGAUUAUGAAAUAGGUGAUGUGAGUACACCACCACCGGUAAUGGGUGAAAUAGCUCCAACCGGUAUUGACUCAACCCCGAGAUGAUGAAACACGCAUUACAACAACACUCUUAGCUCCCCAAAAUCAAAGCCAAAGAGGGGAUCAAAUACAGAACCAGUGGCAGGUGCGUAGUGUGUGUACCAUUAAAUUAUGAUCUCAUUUAUAUCUAGAGUUGGUGUAGCCUGUGACAAUGUAGAGGAUUACUUGUUAAGAGAAACUAGUGUAAGUUCAAGAGAGAGAGAUAAUACUUCAUCGGCUGCAUUUGUACACUAGUUGAGUAUAAUCUUUUUUGACCAUUUAAAUGCAUCGUUAUAAUCAGCUCAUUAUGGUAACAUUAAAGCGAAAGCAAACACAAAUAUCAUCCAUGUAUUAAAACUUCUGCUUAAAUUUACAAAAACACAAGAACACA